ACUUCCCCCCCGGCCCCGCCUCCGUCCCUGGCUCACGCGAGCUGAGUGUUUCCUGCCUCCUCUUUCAGUCCGAGUUUGGAGACUCCGGCGUCCUCCGACUUUUCAUGGAAGAGAUGUCAGGAGAAAGUGUGGUGAGCUCAGCGGUGCCAGCGGCUGCUACCCGCACCACGUCCUUCAAGGGCACAAGCCCCAGCUCCAAGUAUGUGAAGCUGAACGUGGGCGGCGCCCUGUACUACACCACCAUGCAGACCCUGACCAAGCAGGACACCAUGCUGAAAGCCAUGUUCAGCGGGCGCAUGGAAGUACUCACCGACAGUGAAGGCUGGAUCCUAAUUGACCGCUGUGGGAAGCACUUUGGUACGAUACUCAACUACCUUCGUGACGGGGCAGUCCCCUUGCCCGAGAGCCGCCGGGAGAUCGAGGAGCUGCUGGCAGAAGCCAAGUACUACCUGGUCCAGGGCCUGGUGGAAGAGUGCCAGGCAGCCCUGCAACAGAACAAAGACGUUUAUGAGCCUUUCUGCAAAGUUCCUGUGAUCACCUCAUCAAAAGAAGAACAGAAACUUAUAGCAACUUCAAAUAAGCCAGCCGUGAAGUUGCUCUACAACAGAAGUAACAACAAAUACUCAUAUACCAGCAACUCUGACGACAAUAUGUUGAAAAACAUUGAACUCUUUGAUAAGCUCUCUCUGCGCUUUAACGGAAGGGUCCUAUUCAUAAAGGAUGUUAUCGGGGACGAAAUCUGCUGCUGGUCCUUCUACGGUCAGGGCCGCAAGAUUGCUGAAGUCUGUUGUACCUCCAUCGUCUACGCCACCGAGAAGAAACAGACCAAGGUGGAGUUCCCCGAAGCCCGGAUUUAUGAGGAGACCCUGAAUAUUUUGCUGUACGAGGCCCAGGACGGCCGGGGACCUGACAAUGCGCUUCUGGAGGCCACAGGGGGCGCGGCGGGCCGCUCCCACCAUUUGGAUGAAGACGAGGAGCGCGAACGCGAGCGGAUUGAGCGCGUGCGUCGGAUCCACAUCAAGCGGCCUGACGACCGCGCCCACCUGCACCAGUGAGCAGGCGCGCUGCGCCGGGCCUUCCUCCCGCCCUGUCCCCUCCCCCGCUCCACACUCAGACCCUACGCAGGCUUCCGGGCACCUCCCACUUCUCCUGGAGUCCGCAGAUACUUUUGUAACAAGCCAGAUGAUUAUUUUGGUAUUUCUCGACAAGGUGAAUUGAUUUUGACCCAGUUGAACGCGCCCCGUUGUUGACAAGCUGUGCCCAAGGGCUCUACUUUCCGGGAGAAUCUGAGGAGCCGCGGAGCCAGGUUUGCUGGGUUCUCAAAGGAAAAGUAUGAAUGGGUGUGACGUGUAUGUGAGAACUUUCGUUGCAGUAUUUAUUGUUGUGGAUGCUCACUACCUGAUUGAGUUUCCUGGGUGGCGUUCUCUUUGGGUUCAGUUUGACUGCUCUGAGAGGGAUCCUGCAGCUGGUGGCCCCCAGAGGCGUCUCCGAGCCCCCUAUUCCGUGACCCUCCAGCCCGCACCCUGGCCCUGGGUCCUGUGCGCUAGACCCGACAGUGUUCAGGCUGGCUUUGCUAGAUUCUAGUCCAUCCUGCCGCAGGAUUUCGUGCCUGGAGCUUAUUGGUAAAUCGUUGUAGCCGUGGCGAUGGGACCUGGUGUGCUUCGCGCGUCUAUAUUGUUCCUCGCAUAGCUCUGGAGGGGGGCAAGCCUGUUGCCACUUUGGCUGGUCUGCGGUCCGGAGCUUGCUGCCCCCCCCCACACACACACACACAGCUGGCUAAGAGCAGAGCUUCCCUGGCAGUGAGUGCUCAGCUCCUCCCUUGCCCCCUGCCCCUCUCAGCGCCCCCCUUGUGGGCCCACUGCAUUCCAGGAAGGCCGGCUGGCCUGGGUAGAGGGGGAGCUAACACACCCAGGGACCCAUCCCCUCUCCCUCGGCCUCCUUCCUUGUUAAGCUGGGCGCACGGCCACUAGCAGAUGCUUAGAGAUUUAGUCGGUCCUCCUGGCCUGGCGUCCAGGCGGGACCACCACUCACCAGCAGUCUCGGGCAGCUUGCCUGCUGUCCACACAGCCAUCACCUGGAGAGCCCCUUGGUGUCUUUGCCUGGCACUUUGACACAGUAUGGAAUAGCCAUCAGUGAGAGGAUGUGCAGAUCCUUUUGGGUCUGGUUAGUGUCCGUGUUCAUGUUUGUUUAAGGGACGUGUGCGACUGUUGACGGGGAUGUGUGCUUGUGGGGCGCUGAAGCCCGGUGCUCGUGUGGAACUGACGUUCUCGGUUACCUACCUCCCAGUCUCCGCCUGUCAAAGGUGGAAGUGAGUUGUGACUAAUAUGGGUGGUUGAGACUAGACUAGGUAGAGUAGUUACAAGGUGAUGCGAAUGUGUGUAAGGAAAUGGAUGGGUUUUGUCUGCUUUUCAAGGGAAACAUUACUGUUUUAUACCAAAGGUAUCAAUAUGGGCAGCCUCUGACACAAUGUAUUCCCCAAAAAAACGAGUUUAUAUUUUGAAAUGGUUUUUACAGCUUCGACUUUGUACGUACUGCCCAAGUUGCGACAGUUGUAUGCCUUUAUUUUGUAUCCAGCAGCAAAGCGUACAAUAAACCUCUAAAACAAUCAUGCCUGAACCUCAAAAUCAAGUAUUGGGUAGAUGCUUUUUAAAACUGCUGUGUGGGAAACUUGCGUAUUAAGCCAUUUGGAUUUUAAGUGCUAAGGAAAAGGGGGCUUAAAAAUAAUGUUUCGUAAAUAUUUUAUACUGUCUGAGUUUUAAACACCAACCCUGCUGUUUGGGUUGAACUUUUUUAGGACGUUAAAGUGAAUGUCAGUUCUGAUGUUUUCUGUAGGAAUGGAAAAGCCAUCAUAUAAUUGUUUUUAAGACGUUUACGCGAAGAGUACGUUUGUGGAACAAUCUGAUGUGUUUGGGCUUCUGCACCUUAUGACCUAGUGUUUCUGGCACUCUCCCCACUUCUGCUUUUCCUCCAACUUUGCACUUAUAGCUUUGAGUCUUUGCUUCCCUGGCACAUGAACAGAUCUGUACAGCAUUCCACUGCUGAUGCCCCUGUGAGCUGCGCAUAGCCAUGACCUGACCGAAAGCAUUGCCUGGUCCAGCUCUGUUAUCAAAUACGUAUAUUCUACAAGGAACUGAUUUUUCUUAGGCUGGCACUGAAGGCAAACAAAAGGAAUAUUUAUACUUAAGAACCUUCCAAGUAAAACACUAGUCUAAGAUUUGGUAAAAAGUCAUGUUUUAUUAAAUUGUAAUAGCGUACAAGUUUAAAAAGUGGAACAGCUUUUGGUCCCUUGUCAUCAAGUUGUUUUUUUCAAAUAAGCCAUCUGAUUGUGGUGACUGGGGGCCUGUGCCCGAGACCAUUCCUGGCAUAGCCUCUUCUGUUGCCCUCCUGCAAUGGCUUAGUAGGUUUGGUUGCUAAGAGAGAGGGUACUCCACUCUUUGUUUAGGGGUGUCUGUAUCUUACAGCAGCUAUCCAGGGCCCAAGUGUGAACAGUCAGCCCUGACUCUUAGAAUGUGUGCUCUGUAUACAUCUGUGUGUCACUAACCUUUGUGUGUGCUAUGAAAAAAUGCUAUAAGCUUUAGAAGUAUGUUGUACAAGCGUUUGUGGACAUAUGUAAAAAUAAAAGUUAUAUAUAAUGCUCCUA